AUGGCGGGUAGAUUCAAGGGCUCUAUAUUGAAACUGCUCAAAAGUCCCGAAAUCUUCGGGGCCGAUGCUUUUGUUGACGGUACCUGGGUUGAGGCGCGAUCCAAGAGACGAUUUGAGGUCGAAGAUCCCGGGAGUGCAGAGGUAAUCGCUACUGUGGCAGAUCUGGACGCCAGCGACGUGGACUUUGCCAUCGCGAGUUCAAAGGCUGCGUUCGAGGCUUUCUCGGAGUCCUUGCCAGCUCGACGGUCUCAGUUACUUCUCAAAUGGGAGCAGUUAAUCCGCAACAACCUCGACGAUUUGGCCCUGGUUCUGACCUACGAAACCGGCAAGCCGCUGGCGGAAUCCCGCGGUGAAUUUGCGUAUGCAUUAUCCUUCAACAGGUGGUUCGCCGGUGAGGCUGAGAGGAUCUCGGGGAUCACUAUGCAGCAAGCAGCAGUUCCUCGAACGACCCUUACGAUCAAACAGCCUAUCGGAGUGGUCGCUGCUCUAGCGCCCUGGAACUACCCUGUGGCCAUGUUGUUACGCAAGGUCUGCGCAGCCCUCGCGGCGGGAUGUACGGUGGUGUGUAAGCCAUCGCCGGAAACACCCUUGACGACGUUGGCGGUGGCAUAUUUGGCCUACGAAGCAGGAUUUCCCAAGGGAUGUCUCAACGUGAUCACCGCCAGCCUGGAGAACACGCCAUCGGUAGCCGAAGCCAUUUGCCGGCACGAAGCCGUCAAAAAGAUCACGUUCACUGGGUCAACUCGAGUGGGCAAGCUAAUCGCCACCUAUGCCGCUCAGGGGAUCAAAAAGGUCACUCUGGAGCUCGGAGGCAAUUGUCCAUUCAUUGUUUUUGACGAUGCCAGCCUCGAUCAGGCAGUUGAUGCCCUGAUGCGCCUCAAAUGGGGCAACUCAGGUCAGACUUGCGUUACAGCGAACCGGGUAUUCGUCCAAGAUGUCGUGUACGAUCGAUUUGUAGAGGUAUUCGUCCAGCGCACGGCCCAGCUGAAAACUGGUCACGGCACCGACCACGAUACGAAUAUUGGCGCCAUGGCAUCACGCCGGGGAGUAGCCAAAGUUGUCGAUCAAGUCAAGGACGCUCUACGGCAGGGUGCCACGGCCGCUCUAAACGGUGGGCCGAUUGGGAACUGCAGCGGCUAUUUCUUUAAGCCGACAAUCCUGACGAAUGUAACAUUGAACAUGGCAGUUUCCAAAGAAGAGACUUUCGGACCCGUUGCAAGCCUUAUUAGGUUCAAGACUGAACAAGAGGCAGUAACAUGGGCUAAUGAAACAAGCAUGGGGCUGGCCAGCUAUGUGUUUACCAAGAAUGCAGACCGUCUUUGGAGAAUGUUUCGGAAAUUGGAAGCUGGUAUGAUAGGUUUGAAUACCGGAGGCAUGUCCUCUGCUGACAGCCCAUUUGGCGGUAUCAAGGAGUCUGGGUACGGGAAAGAAAGUGGAAAAGGCGUCGCCGUGGACGAAUACCUUAUCACGAAAACAGGCUGUCUCACAGUCCAAGAUAUAUAG